UAGUAGUGGUGGUGCUGGUGGUGGUGGUGGUGGUGGUGUGAAAGACGAACAGAUGAGGUGUGCGAUUGUGGGCAAUGUUUUGUUUACGUUUCACCUCGUAUGAUUAACGCGAAGCGCACAUUGCCAAACACUCUGCCCAUCUGCUCUAUGUUCCCUGUCCCCUUCAUCACGACCUCAAAAACGCGAACGAACAAGAACGAACGACAGAACGAGAGUGAGCCUGUGUGUGUGCGACGGGCUUUUCAUCGCAGCAGUCUCAGCUGAGCGACGGCAACAGUGGGAAAGCAGAAGUAGAAGAACAUCGCCGAGCGCAGUAGCAACAGCCAGCAGCAGCAGCAGCAGCAGCAGCAGCAGCAGCAAGCAGGCAGGUCGUGUCUUUCCCGAUGCAGUGGCACUGUCUUUGGCCGAGCAUAUCGACGGCGACGGGUGUUGGCCACCUUUAAAAGGGACAGCGCGUCCCGAAUGCGGUUGCAUUAAAUUCACUGCUAGUGCAAAGCCAGCCCACCACAGAGCGGGUGGGUGAAAAAGGAUGAGCAGCAGCAGCAGCAGCAGCGACUAAAUUGUUUUCGUGCCGUGGUUGUGUUUUGUUGGCAAAAUAGAGAGCGCAAAGCAAAAAAAGGAAACGGAGCAGAGGAGCAACGAUGACGACGGCAAUGAUGAUGGUGGAUAACUUUGAGUGUGCUGGAUACACGUUCUACUCCAAGUUCGAUUCAGGCAACCUGGGAAAGGUCGAGCUGGUGCGAUGCUGUGAAGGACUCGGAAUCGUGGGCAACACGGUAUCGAGUGGGACGUCUGGUGUUCCCGUUAUCGGUUCGGGGAGCAGUGCCAUCGGGCCGGGCAGUACGAGCGCUUCCGCCAUAGUAGCAGCCACGCUGGGGAUUGGCUUGCAUCAGCAACACCAUGGACUGCUUUCGUCGGUGUCCGGAAGUGGCAGCGCUGCCGCAACGCCCGGUGCCAACGGCGGCGGGUCCCUCGGGAUGCCCAUUCCCUCGCCCACACCGCACGCGACGGAGAAUCCGCUGGUGGAGGUGGAGUUCAAUCUGUGGACCCGCCCGGACUGUGCCGGCACGCCGUACGAGAAUCAGAACCGGACCUGGUUCCAUUUCGCGGUGACGGGCGGACGGCCCAACCAAAUCGUAAAGUUUAAUGUGAUGAAUCUAAACAAGCAGGCGAAACUGUUCAGCCAGGGCAUGCACCCGGUCACGAAGGUGGGCCCGAACGGGCGCUGGGAACGGAUCAAAGAUAAGCCAUCGUAUUCGAUUACGAACGAUGUGUUCUUCAUCUCCUUCCUGCACAAGGUGCCAGAGGUGGGCGGCGACACGACGCGGAUCUAUUACGCGUUUACGUUUCCCUUCACCUACACCGAGCUGAUGGACCAGCUGUCCACGUUCGAUCGCAAGUAUGGCCGCCAUCCGUUCGAGCUGCACAAGAUGGCGUACGACAUUUCGCAAAAGUACGACACGCUGCCCGCGGCUGCGGCGGAGGAAUCGAAAAACAUCUCCAACCUGGCACCGCACCGCCGGAAAGGGAAGCUGUCGAAGAUGGAGCGCGUCGACCGUACCAGCCCGGAAUCGUUCGACGAAACGGCACGCGACGGUGUCGGGGAAGGUUCGCCGCCGGGCAAGGAAGUGCUGGCGGAGGCGGCCAAAUCGCUGCAAACCGUGCUCGGGCCCGGCGGUGCCGGUGGGAUGGUAAUUGAUGAAAACACCUCUGAAUCGAUGCAGCAGAUUACAAACCUUGUGAACAAGGUGAAAAUAGAGUUACCGCAGGGUGGUGGUGGUGGUGAAAUGAAACAACCCGCACAACAAGCGUCCUCGUCGGCGUCCGCAACGAAAGCAAAGUUACCGUCGUUUCACCAUCAGCUCAACGUGGCAUCGUCGGCGGCGGCUGCCGCCAAUCCCUCCCCGGAGGACGAUCAGAAAGCGGACCCACGGGACGAGAUCUACUACUGCCGCGAGCUGCUGACGCACUCGAUCGAGCACCGCCGUAUCGAGCUGCUCACCAUCAGCUCCUUUCACGGGAUUCAGACGGCGCGCGAGACGCGCCUGCGCAAUCUGUUCCCGGACGAGGCGGCCCAGCGCUGCCAUACGUUUAGAGAGAAGAAGAUCGUGUUCAUCUCGUCCCGCGUGCAUCCGGGCGAAACGCCGGCCAGCUUCGUGCUGAACGGGUUUCUCAGCAUGCUGCUGGAUCGGAAGAGCAUCGUCUCGCAGACGCUUCGGCGGAUGUACGUGUUUAAGAUAAUUCCCUUCUUGAACCCGGACGGCGUGUACAACGGGCUGUACCGGUCGGAUACGCGCGGUCACAAUCUCAACCGGGUGUACAUUAGCCCCUGCCACGAGACGCAACCGGCAAUCUAUGCCGCCAGGAAGUUGAUUAGGUACUACCAUCUCGGUGUGGAUGAAGUUGAAUCGUACGAACUGGAGAAGGAAAAGGAGCACGCGCACGGGGAAGGAUCCAAGGAAGCGAUCGGUGUUGUCGAUCCCGAAAGUGCUACACCAGCCGGAGAAGGAUCCGCACCGGUGGAUACAUCGGGAGGCAAUGUGAAAAUGACACUGAAAAAAGAAUCGGAUUCAGUCGAACAGGACACACCGGCGGCGUCCGAUUCCGGGUUCAGCGAGGCAAGCUCCACCUCGUCCUCGCUGACGUCGAAGGUUGCAUCGAGCACCGCGCUGCCCACUCAAUCAUCCGCCGAUUCCACUGGCAGCCCGCCCGCAGCCGAUUCCACGCCGGCAGCCGUCGUGCAGCCGCAAUCGCUCGUUGCCGCUGCUACGACUGCGGCCCAAGUUUUCACCGAGAAACUCAUUCCUGAGCUAAAUCCGAUCGUUAGCGAAGGCACGGCCUCCACCGCAAGCGGCAACAGCAGCAACAACCUUGCACCCGCUACCUUCCGCGGUACUGCGGGCGGCCGAAGCGCUUCUAGCCUGAGCUUGAAAAAAUCAAUCCACUCGGUAACGGCCAAGGUCGACACGGGAAAGGGUGGCAUCGGCAAGAGCGCCCAUCACAAGCAGCACGUGCUGAACAAGCCACAGUUUCUCGGUGCGACCCCCGGCACGCUCAAGUUCAAGGAGUUUUUGGUACAUCCGCAUCACCAUCACCAUCACCAUCAUCACCAUCAUCACCACCAUCACUAUCUGGCGGGGGGAGGAGCAGCGGGUGGAGUAGCUGGCACGGGUGGUGCCAUGUCAGCGGGCGGAACCGCUCAAGGGCAGGUCGUCGCCACGCUGCACGGUGGCAAAAUGGCGCUGGGCGCGUUCAAAAAGGGCUCCGCAGGUGGCAAGCAGCAAGCUACGUCCUCCUCCACGACGUCGUCCUUGAUCGGUGUGGGUGGAGCUGGUCGAGCUUCCGGCAGUGGUGGAACUGUCCUUGGUGACGGUGGAACCACGGUGGGUGGUAAAAAUCGCCCCCAAACGCCUCAAACCAGCGCCGUGCCGUACAGCCAUUAUCGAUCGCACCGCAACGAGUACCUUAAUCCGGUGAUGGGCGGCGGUGGCGUUGGCGGUGUGCCGCGCAGCCUGAACAUUAGCCUGGACUUUCUGGCCCAGCUGGACGAGCGGCACGAUCGGGUGGUGUACGAGGACCGUAGCAAUCUGUUCAUGUACAUCGAUCUGCACGGGCACGCCUCGAAGAAGGGCGUGUUCAUGUACGGGAACCAUCUGCCGAGCACGGUCGAAGCGGUCGAGUGCAUGCUGCUGCCGCGGCUGAUGAGCCUCAACUCGCAGCACUUCCAUUUCGAUGCGUGCAAUUUCAGCGAGCGCAACAUGUAUUACAAGGGUAAGCGGGACGGUCUGUCGAAGGAAGGAUCGGGACGCGUGGCCGUGUACAAGAGCACCGGUUUGAUUAAGAGCUACACGCUGGAAUGCAACUACAACACUGGCAAGUGCGUCAACAUACUGCCACCCCGGGGCAAGGAGAUUGUGGCCAAAACGACCCACACACUUGUACCCCCGAAGUAUACGCCGGCCGUAUUCGAGGAGGUUGGGAAAGCCCUCGGACCAUCCAUUUUGGAUCUCACCAACUCGAACCCACUGUCCCGAUUGCCGAACUGCGAGUUUCGCACCCUUCAGGGGCUGCGCAACGCGCUGCGGAUCGAAAUCGAGCGCGGCUCGUCGAAGGCACGCGUCACCAAUAAGACCCAGAAGUCCCACACGAAGCGGCUGGCCAAUCAGCUGUCCUGCUCGAUAGACGUAGCGAAGGAAAACGCAAUCCAGUGGGAUCAUUCGCUCGGCGCACCGGUGGUCGGUGUGGCCGGCGGCGCAGGGCAGCAAACGGGUGUCCCCGGCCCGACCGUCACCGUCGCGAGCAAGAUGGUGGGUGAUCCGGAUGCGGCCACACUGUUACUAGCCGGUGGAGGGGGUGGCCCCAGUGGCACAUCCGGUACCGGUGCCGGAUCGACCCAGCACCCCCGGCAGGUGCUGAAAGCGAGCGGUUCAUCGGUGACGCUUAAAGCGACACACGUCGUCGGUGCCGGUGGAGCCGGUGGCAAGAUUUCCCGCAAGGUCGGUGCCUUCGGUAAGCCGAAAAAAUCAAAAGUCCUGUGCGAUGUGAGCGGCACCGGUGGUGGUGUUGGUGUCGGCGUGGGUGGUGGCGUUGUUGGGGCAGUUGGCGCCGGUGGUAAGAAACUCCAGGAGCUAAUGCUUCGCAGCACGAAGGAACAAGUGCCUCGCAAAAAGAUCAAAGUGUCGGCCCAGCAGGCCUCGGAGCUGUGCUUUAAGGGCGGCAUUGGGUCGGGCUCGCUGCCCAACUUCCUCACCGUGGUGCCGGGCACGCUGGCCGACCUUCCGGCACUGGGCGCGGGCAAGAAGGUGAAAUCGGAAAGCAAACUACUGGACGUGAACGAUAUGCAGUGUGACGAUAGCUUCGAUGCGGCCCCGUGCUGCUCGUACACCGGUGGUGGCACUGCGUCACCGGGCGCCACGAUCGUUACCACCACGCACGCUGGCAUCUCGAAGCUGAUCUCAACGUACACACAGGCAGCAAGCGAGCUGCACACGACGGUCGGCGGCACCACGGUCACAACGGAAGCGUUGAUUUGCAGUGGUGGUGGUGUUGGUGGUGUCGUUGGUGGUGGCAGCGUUGGUGUCGGUGAUGUGGUCACGGCUUCGUCUUCGAUGGGUCCUUCAAUGGAGAGUGUUGUUGUCGGUGGUGGUGGUGGUGGUAGCAUCGCUAGCGGGAGUGGCGGUAGCAGCAGUGGCGAAGGGAAGGUCGGCACCAAGUUUGGCAAGGGUACGCUCAAGCCAAAGCAAACCAAGCUGGCUAAAUCCACCAAAUCGGGGACCGAUGCCGGCGGGAAGAAGCUGCUAAAGAAGAAACGCUCCCUCAAGACGGACUCGAGCUUGAAGCGAAAGAAGACGCGUGUUAAGCCGGCCCUGACGUAGACGGAGCAACCGAACCGAGUAGGCGGCGUGUGUGGUCUGUGUGCAAUCAGUGAGAGAGAGAGAGAGAGAGCGAAUAGAAGUGUGUCUUCCCGUGUAAAAGAAGCAAAUAGGGCGAAUGGCAGAAAGAGAGAGAGCGAGAGAGAAGUUCUUUGAAGAAAAAGAGAUAUUUAUUUGAACGAAUCAGUAUAUAUUUUUUAUGCGCGUGUGUGUGUGCUUCCUCGCUCGACCACCGAACGCAGUUGAACGCAGCCACUGAAAGUGGAAAACGUAAAUUUAGUAUAUUUCUGUUUGUUUAUUUUUCCUUUCUUUCUUUCUCUAUCUUGUUAUACACUUUCUGACCUUUGAACUUUCGUUCCACGUAAAAAAAAGUACAACACCGCUUACGCGUCCGUGCCGAUUGAGUGUGUGAUAUUUCUCGUGUAUUAUUUUGAGUGUAUGUGUGUGCGUGUUUUUUUUUAAAUAAUAAUAAUAUUUUAACUUUAUUUCUUUGUUGCUUUUUAUACACUACUUUUUUGUUUGUUUUGUUAGACAUGUAAGCAAAGAGAGAGAGAGAGAACCCAUUCUCUUCUGUUCUGUUGUUAGACGGGCGAGACUACUGGCAAACACUACACUACAUUUACUAACUCUAAACUACGAUACGUGAAAGCAAAGUGUGUUUUUGACUGAUGAAAAUAGGUCGUGACAGAACAUAUAGGUCGUUUGCUUGUAGCCACACACACACACACACGAACAUCGUAGCUCGUAACAGCUCGUGGAACAGAUCCAAAAAACAAAACGCUCGCUUUUAAACACCAUGGUUGGAGGAAAAAGGAAAAAUACAAAAAGUGUGCGAGGUGAUAUACAUACAUCUAUGCCGCUUGCUUUGUAAGAUUUCGCAUUAUUCAUUUAAUCUUCUCCUUGUUCAUUGAUUCAUUUAAAACAUUACUAUCCCCGUACCCUAAUUAUAAGCACGUGGGGAGUAGAGCAGUGCCCCAACGAGCAAAAAUGUGCGCACGAAGGAACAGGUUGGCUUGUGCUGCGUACCUGUGAAGCAUUUGCGCGCGGGUUAGAUGUAGAAGCACCAUGGAAACGAAACGUAACAGUGGUAGUAGUGAAGUAGGCAGGCCAGCAGCAAUUCGUAGUAGGUGUCGAGUAUGAAAUAAAAACAAACCCACCACCACCACCACCAUCCCACAAAUACUACACAAAUACAUACACGAAAGUGAAAACGUUUAGAUAGAAAGCAUAUUAGCAAUCGAAAGAAAAAAAAAAACAGUACUCGCAAGAAAUGUAACCCUAACAGUAAUAAUGGCAUUUUAAAAGUGAGACAGAGAGAGAGAGAAAGGCAACAGUUAAAUCCUUCUGCAAAAACAACCGUUGCGCGUGCUACCACCACCACACCACCAGCCACGUAGAACGUUUUUGCAUGCAUUUUCGUUAUAUAUAAUUAUGGUUUUGUUCGGUUAAUUCAGUUAGGCUGUUAGGCAGUUAGGACGACACCAUUUAAAAUCUCCCUAAAAAAGUGUUGUAUGUGUGUGUGUGUGCCUGUACGUUGUAAAAGCAUUACCAUUUAUCCAUAGCAGCAGCAGGCAUUCAGCACAAGGAGCGGUAGAAGAAGAAUGUGGAACUGCUGAUAUGCAUAUGUAAACAAAUCAGCAAACAAAUAGACACACACACUCACACAUACACACAGGCAAGCAUAUUUGCAAGAGGAAGCGCAAGAGGAAGGAAACCCUCCCGAAGGAGUAAACAAACAAACAAACAAAAAAAAACGGGAAUGGUAAACAGAGCAAGACUUAUAUAUGGCAACAUCGUGAUAAGAGCAAGAAACAUUUAUGGAAAUGAGAAGAAUGGAUUCAA